AUGUCAAAGUUUAUACCGAGAUCAACAUUUCCCAGCUAUAAUAUUCCCUUAUCUAGCUUUAAAGGUCACCAUCAAAAAGCUUUAUCGAAACUAGGACAUCUUUCACCCCAACUUGAUUUAAUAAUUGAAGUACGAGAUUGUCGAGCUCCUAUUGCUUCAACCAAUGCUUUAUUUGACAAACUAUUAGCAACGAAAAGAAAACUUAUACUAUACAGCAAGAAGGAUUUAUCAAUACUAAAACCAAACCUACUAGAUAAAUGGCACGCUUUCAAUAAUGAAACGUAUAUGUUUAUUGAUUGCAGAAACAGAAAUGACUGUAAAAGAUUAAUCAAUACCAUACGGAAUAUAUAUGAAAAUUUGGAAUCAAAACCUCCAUUAGGAUUGAGAUCGAUGAUUAUUGGCAUGCCCAAUGUUGGUAAAUCUACAUUGGUGAAUACCUUGAGACAGGUAGGGUUGGAAAACGACAAAGCUUCAAUUUCUACAAAAAUAAAAAAAGUUGCCAAAACGGGAGGACAGCCUGGAGUCACCAGAUCGACAAGUGAAAUAAUUAGAUUAUCUAAUGAUCCAGAAAUAAUGGUGUAUGAUACGCCAGGUAUAAGUUUACCGACAGUGAAGGACUCAGGUACGAUGUUAACUUUGGGAUUGGUUGGAUGUAUUCAUGACUCAUUUAUAGACCCUGUGAUAUUAGCAGACUAUUUAUUAUAUCUAUUAAACUUUCAAGACCCGCUGGGAAAGUUAUAUAGCGACUAUAUGUCACAUCCAACCAAUGACAUUUAUGAGUUAAUGUAUAAUAUUGCUAAACAUAGAAACACUUUGAGACCCAAUGGGACAUAUGAUGAAUUAGGAGUUGCAACGCAUUGGAUCAAUUUAUGGAAACAAGGUAAGUCAAAAAAGUAUAGGGGCUUAUUUGACCUUUCAGCCAUUCAAGAUAUUAAUGAAGAGAACUGGAAAGAGAUAAAUAAUUUGGAAAGAGAAAGAGUUGGUCUGAUGAAAGUUCAUCAAAAAUUGGUUGACAGUUUCGGUAGUAAUGGUGCUUCAAAAACUUUUAAUAGGAAAAGAACCGCUAAAGACAGAGAUGCUGACAUGAAGAAUAGAAUGUUCAAACUUUAA